AUGCACGUAAUUGACGAAGCAACAGGAGACCCCCCAACUCUUUGGACCAGACGUCGAGCCGUAGUGAUUUUCCUCGAAUCGCUAGAUCUGGCUAUGAAUUUGCGUGCUUACCAAGACCGCGGCCGCGUCGAAUCUGGCCAAGUUCGGAUAACCCGUACCUUGCAGCAAAAUGGCUCACUCCUCGAAAUAGUUGAGCGCCGCUGCACCAUACAGAAAGGUUCCAUCUCAUCCGAUAUCAGUAGUGGAGCGCGGCACGUACUUCGCUGGACAGUGUACGGACAGAUUGAGCUCACCAGGCCUGAAGGAGCAUGGCAAGAUUCAAGUCCCCGAACCCCUGAGCUCAGGAGCAGAGUUGCCGGCUAA